ACAGCCCCCAGGCUGCCCGCACUCGCAGCCUCGUUCCCCCCGAGCGGAGCUGCGGGGCCGGCCGGGCCGGGGCGGACCCCGGGAACCCGGACGCGGCCGCCCGGGCCCGCGAAAGGGGGGCGGGGGGGAUCGGCAGCAGGGGCAGCCACCAUGGAGUUCCGCCAGGAGGAGUUUCGAAAGCUGGCGGGUCGCGCCCUGGGGAGGCUGCACCGGCUUCUGGAGAAGCGGCAGGAAGGUGCGGAGACCUUGGAGCUGAGCGCUGAGGGGCGCCCGGUGACCUCGCAGACCCGGGACCCGCCGGUGGUGGACUGCACCUGUUUCGGCCUCCCUCGCCGCUACAUUAUCGCCAUCAUGAGCGGUCUGGGCUUCUGCAUCAGCUUUGGCAUCCGCUGCAACCUGGGCGUGGCCAUUGUCUCCAUGGUCAACAACAGCACGACCCACCGCGGGGGCCACGUGGUGGUGCAGAAAGCCCAGUUCAACUGGGAUCCAGAGACUGUCGGCCUCAUACACGGCUCCUUUUUCUGGGGCUACAUUGUCACUCAGAUUCCUGGAGGAUUUAUCUGCCAAAAAUUCGCAGCCAACAGGGUUUUCGGCUUUGCCAUUGUGGCUACCUCCACGUUAAACAUGCUGAUUCCUUCUGCUGCCCGAGUCCAUUAUGGCUGUGUAAUCUUCGUGAGGAUCCUGCAGGGACUGGUAGAGGGAGUCACAUACCCCGCCUGCCACGGGAUCUGGAGCAAAUGGGCCCCACCCUUGGAAAGGAGUCGUUUGGCGACCACUGCCUUUUGCGGUUCCUAUGCCGGGGCGGUGGUCGCGAUGCCUCUCGCCGGGGUCCUGGUGCAGUAUUCAGGAUGGAGUUCUGUUUUCUAUGUCUAUGGCAGCUUCGGGAUCUUCUGGUAUCUGUUCUGGUUGCUCGUCUCUUACGAGUCCCCUGCCCUGCACCCCAGCAUCUCAGAAGAGGAGCGCAAAUACAUUGAGGAUGCCAUCGGAGAGAGCGCAAAGCUCAUGAACCCCGUUACGAAAUUCAACACCCCCUGGCGGCGCUUCUUCACGUCCAUGCCGGUCUAUGCCAUCAUCGUGGCCAACUUCUGCCGCAGCUGGACGUUCUACUUGCUCCUCAUCUCCCAGCCCGCCUACUUUGAAGAAGUGUUCGGCUUCGAGAUCAGCAAAGUGGGCUUGGUGUCGGCGCUGCCCCACCUGGUCAUGACUAUCAUCGUCCCCAUCGGCGGGCAGAUCGCAGACUUCCUGCGGAGCCGCCGCAUCAUGUCCACCACCAACGUGCGCAAGCUGAUGAACUGCGGGGGCUUCGGCAUGGAAGCCACCCUGCUGCUGGUGGUCGGGUACUCGCACUCCAAGGGCGUGGCCAUUUCCUUCCUGGUCCUCGCGGUGGGCUUCAGCGGCUUCGCCAUCUCCGGCUUCAACGUCAACCACCUGGACAUCGCCCCGCGCUACGCCAGCAUCCUCAUGGGCAUCUCCAACGGGGUGGGCACCUUGUCCGGGAUGGUGUGCCCCAUCAUCGUGGGUGCCAUGACGAAGCACAAGACUCGGGAGGAGUGGCAGUACGUGUUCCUAAUUGCCUCCCUGGUGCAUUAUGGGGGUGUCAUCUUCUAUGGGGUCUUUGCUUCUGGAGAGAAGCAGCCGUGGGCAGAGCCAGAGGAGAUGAGUGAAGAGAAAUGUGGCUUCGUUGGUCACGACCAACUGGCCGCCAGUGACGAAAGUGACAUGGAAGAUGAUGUUGAGCCUCCCGGGGCGCCCCCUGCUCCCCCUCCUUCCUAUGGGGCCACACACAGCACAGUUCAGCCCCCAAGGCCCCCACCCCCUGUCCGGGACUACUGACCAGGUGCCUCCCACUGAAUGGCAGUUUCCAGGACCUUCACUCCACACAUCUUGGGCCUGAAUGAUGGUGUUAAGGAACCCCACUCCUUCCUGUCCAGCUUCAGGCCCAGUUCCCAGUGCAGUCAAAUCCUCAAAUUCUUUUCCCUUUCUCCACAGCCUCUCAGGGGUGGUGAAGCUGCAGACUGGCAGUUUCAAGGAUACCCGUGUUCCCCUAAGGUUACUCUUCUUCACUUGUUCUGCCUCAGUGGUUCCAAAUGUCUCCUUUCAGGGCUUUAUUUGAAUGGACACUUCAACCUCUUACUCUUUUUUUUUUUGGUUUUGAGGCACCUCCCAUUUUCCUUGGAACCUUCUCCCCCACGGACAUUUCAGGCUAAUCCCUGAGAUGACUCAACUUCCCUCUCUCAGAAAAAAAAAAAUCCAAGUCCUCCUCUAGAAGUUCCAAAUCUCACCUAUCCAUUCUGCAUUUCUUAGGUUGGUUUAAUCAAGCCCCAACCGCCAUUCCCAGGAUUUGAUUCUCACCAGCGUUUCUGAGGGGGAAAUGGCGGUUUCAAGGCUCCCCACUCCUACCCCCCCCCCCCCCCCCCCAGCAGAUGCUGCUGUGAAACCAAAUCCCCCAACCUCCUUCGCUUAGCACAAAGUUUAGGGAAGCAACCAAAAUGGCAGUUUUGGCAACAUGCCUCUCUCCAUCCCAUGCACUUUUUUCUGACUACUUUCAGGUCUAAAUAGUGGCUGCUCAAGUGGAUUAAUUCAACGGUUUGAAGCCACCACCAUUGAACCUCCCCUUGGUGGUUUCAAGACCCCUUCCUUUUCUCCCCAAAUCCUUGCACUUUACCUGGGUGGUUUCAGACGACCCACAGUUUCUCAGUGGCCAUUUGUUGUGUCCCUCAGGGGCUAGAUGACUCAAAACCUGGGACCCGUCCCUCUUCUGACACCUCUCUUUCAGUCCGGGGUCUAUGCGUAGGAGAAAUCACAGACUCCCAGGAAGGAGGUGGGAUCAGGAAAGAGGGGUGUUUUUCCUGGGGCAGGGUUGUGUCUUGGUGUUUCUGUCUCUGUGAUUGUAAAUCCUGCC